AGGGCCUUGUUCCACUGUCAACGGAUGACCAGCCAACUGGAUGUGUCUUUGUCUUUCAGAACAGAACAGGCCAAAUAGCAUCACCCGAUCAUCCAUUAUGGUAUUCAAACGAUGCGAACUGCUCGUGGACCAUUGCGCUUAACGAAGGAUGUGUGAUUCAACUAAAAUUUGACAGUUUCGCAUCAAUCGAAGUAACAACGACCCUUGAACCUUCCCAAUCACACUUCAAUGUUGUCUGUGGAAUAUUGGAGGAGAAUCCAGAAUGCAUUCUGAUCAAAGACAAUGAAAUGCAUCCACUCAACUCUGCACUGACGAUGUCACCUCGAUUGGUGAUGAAACGUUUGCAAUCCAACUGCCAAGCUCGGCGAACAGACCAACAACCAAAUUCUCUAGAAGAAGAAUACGAUUGGCUGAGGGUAUACGACGGGAUAGAUAAUUCAGCAGUGUUGCUUGGGGAGUGGAGUGGUACUGAAUUACCUCCGAUACUUUCUUCGACAAGCAACUACUUGCACAUCAAUAUGACUAGCGAUUCGUUUGUUCGAAGUCCUGGAUUUUCGGCAAACUUCACAUCUG